AUGACUCGCGCCCCAUUAGACGGGAGGCCAAGACAGCUAGAAAGGCCACCUUUACGGGCACAUCACCAAAGCAGAAACAAGACAAACACAUCGUAUAUGGAUCAUCUACGUCCUGCUUCCCCUCCGAAAACAAAUCCCUGGGUGAAAAGGCCAUCUGCUGCUUCACUUGCGCCAGAGUGGCCAGUCUGCACACCGGAUUUUAGCCAGGAAAAUGAGGUACCGGCGCAAGAAAAGGCAACAUCUCGAAGCGUGAAAUUUAUUUGUUCUGCCGAUACCAAGGAUCCGGAUGCUGUCUCGCCAUCAAAGAAGCUUCUCCAAGCGGCGGCGCCUCGGGCUUGUGCCAGGUUUGCAUGGGGCUGGAUCGCCGCUAAUCAUGGAAUACGCCUACUGACAAAAGAUUCUGAUAGGUUGUGGCUACGGCCAUUUGGCGCCGACGUCUUUGUCUGGGCUGGUCGCGAGGUUUUUGAAGUGCACCGUAGCAUCGUGGAGUCGCAGUCGGUAUGGCUGAGACAAAACCUCCCACCCGCAACGAAGAAGGGGACCCCGAGCGACGUGCGCUUGCCUUUUUGCCCUCAGGUCGUGGGAUACGCGUUGCGAUUCAUGUACACGGAAAGCCUUGAAAUAUUAGAAUACGACCGGGAAAACUUUUGUGAUCUGAUUUGUAUCCCACGUAGCGCAUUGCUGUACGUUGGCGCCGUGGAUCUUGGGGUCGAGGCGAUGAAAGAUCAUAUUGAAAAGGUCCUUGGACAGAUGUCUCAAGACCUGGCGUGUUACCUGACCAAGACAUCUGUGAUCAAGAAGAUGGAACAUGAGGAGGUUGCUGCGGCGGUUUUUCACCUUAGAAACGCAUUAGAAGUUGCAUAUUCACACGAAUCGCAAGCAGAAACUCUAUGCCUCCGGCGCGGUCUGGCCAGUCUACUGGAUAUUUUAUUUCCCGUUCUCAUCCCACACCCGGAAUUUGUCAACUUGCUUUCAGACAAGGUUUGGAAAGACCACUCGGAAGCUAUAUCGCACGAUCUUGUCUAUGCGCGACGAGCGAAGGAGCGCUAG